GAAAGCGGCGGCGUGAUACGCGCUUCUUGUUUUUUUUUCUUUUUUUUUUUUCGAACUCUUCUCUCUUGACUGGGAAGAAAAUGUUUUCUCUGUCAAAUAAAAAUCAGAUCACUGGUGAAGAAGAAGGAAAAGAGAGAGCGAUGGGGUUUCACGCUUUGGAUGAGAAGUCUCUUGUUCGGUACAUUGAGUCGACUCCUUCUCUCUCUUCUCUUCUUGGCCACAGGCUCCAUGAAGGGCUGAGUGUGAAGGAAGUUGGCGAUGGCAACCUCAACUUCGUCUACAUAGUUGUUGGGGAUCAAGGGGGUUCCUUUGUCAUCAAACAGGCUCUUCCAUACAUUCGUUGCAUAGGGGAGUCAUGGCCAAUGACAAAGGAACGGGCAUAUUUUGAGGCAACCACCUUAAUGAAACAUGGUCAAUUAUGUCCUGAGCAUGUUCCAGAAGUCUAUCAUUUUGAUAGGCCCAUGGCUUUGAUUGCCAUGCGUUAUCUCAAACCUCCACAUAUUAUUCUACGAAAAGGAUUAGUAGUUGGAGUUGAAUAUCCAUUGCUUGCUGAGCACAUGUCUACUUAUAUGGCAAGAACUCUAUUCUACACAUCGCUUUUGUAUCUGUCUACAACUGAUCACAAAUCUGCAGUUGCUGAUUUUUGCGGAAAUGUAGAGAUGUGCAGACUCACUGAGCAAGUUGUCUUUUCUGACCCAUAUAAGAUAGCCAAGUAUAAUCAUUGGACCUGUCCCUACUUGGAUCGGGAUGCCGAAGCUAUUCGAGAGGACUAUCAAUUGAAACAGGAAAUUGCAGAAUUAAAAUCGAUGUUUUGUGAGAGAGCUCAGGCGUUAAUACAUGGUGAUCUUCACACUGGUUCUGUGAUGGUGACUGCUAAUUCUACUCAAGUUUUCGAUCCAGAAUUUGCAUUUUAUGGACCCAUGGGAUUUGAUGUAGGAGCAUUUCUGGGGAACUUGAUUUUGGCUUUCUAUGCUCAAGAUGGACAUGCCAAUACCAGGAUUGAACGCCAUGAAUUCAAGAAGUGGAUUCUGAAAACAAUCAAAGAAACUUGGAACCUUUUUCAAGACAAGUUUAUAGACCUUUGGAAAGAAAACUGGGAUCGUUGUGGUGACGCGUAUCCAGCUGAAAUAUAUAGCAAACCCGAGCUUCGGCAGCAAGUGCAACAAAAGUAUAUGCAAGAAUUGUUUCAUGAUACCCUUGGAUUUGGUGGGGCCAAGAUGAUAAGGAGGAUAGUGGGUGUAGCUCAUGUUGAGGAUUUGGAAUCGAUCCAAGAUGCAGAAAAACGUGCGGAUUGUGAGCACCAAGCUCUGGAGUUGGCAAAGAUGAUUGUUAAGGAGAGAUUUAACUUCCAAACCAUUGAUGAGGUUCUGGCAGCCAUCAUCGAAAAGAAUGUUCCGACAUCUUUGGAGUGAGUAGUUGCUGCUCCUAGCUCUGAUGACUUGCGGAGUUGCAGACGAGCCUGUUGGGAGUUUCCUUUCCCUUUAUUUUUGUGUGGCUUACUCUUUGUGCUUUUCCAAGCAUGUAUCCAUGACUCAGCUUUGAUCUUAAAAUCGUUCAGUGAGAUUGACUUGAUAGUACAAUAAAAGGACCUUUCAUAUAUGGAAAAGGUGAAAUUUAUGUAA